AUGCCCCCGAGAAAACGAGGCAGGCCAAAUCCGGUCGAGGAGACCGGGAAGAAGUUGGUUGGUGAAGAUCAAAGCGCAUAUAAUCAUUCGCCCCGUCAUGUGGAGGACCAAAGAGCCUACCGCUGUCCCUUCUGUGCCAAGGAAUUUCGACGAAAGGAGCAUUUGCAGCGACAUGAGAGACUUCAUACCAAGGAAAAGCCCUUCCAAUGCACGGUAUGCUCAGCUGGAUUUGCACGAAGAGACCUACUCGCUCGCCAUUUCCGCCUGGUUCAUGAAGAAGGUUAUCCGUCCCAAGAUGAGCCUGAAGCUGGUUAUACAGAUAUGGCCACUGGGCAGAAUCCAUCCCUUUCUGGAGCUACCCUUGAGGAUCUGAAUAGUGUUUCCCCAUCUAGAUUCAGAACACCACACCAGGAAACACCAAAUUAUGUGACAGCUGAUCCAUCUUCUGAAUACACGCCAAUUGGAAAUGAUUUCCUAUCGUUCUCGCCCUCUUCUUCUAUUCAAUUUAGUGCACCACGGAGGACGUCUGCCAUGCUACCUUUUGUAGCUCCGGCCACCGCAAUGGACAUGUCAUCAGCUCAGCAGUGUAAUGGCUUUGGCGAUUUUGAUUUAUUCAUUGACAGCAUAAAUGGGUCAUAUGGUAAUGGCCUAUCGUCUUUUUAUGUCGAUCAGCCUCUUUUACCAUCACCCCCAGCUCCACUCUUCCCUAGCGCUGGAUUGCGACAUGAACCGCCGCAUGAUCUCGGUUCCAGUCAUUCUGGAUCUGAUACAAUAUUGCCACCCGAACCUCGGCUCUUUGAUGAAUUUACAUCCACACUACCCACAUUCGAAUCUUCUCAUACUACAAAGGGUAAGAAGGAAACUUGGAAUAUCACCCAGCAAGACUGGGUCGCUAUUUCGACUGAAGCUCAGGAAUUUGCUUCAGUUAUUCCUCACGACUUCCUUCUUCCUUCACGACACACCAUGACUCGAUACAUUAAUACCUACUUUGCUGGCUUUCACCGUCAUCUUCCAUUCAUACAUUUCCCAACAUUUUCGGCGGUGCGAUGCCCUGUUGAAUUGAUUCUGGCCAUGGCUACCAUUGGUGCGAUAUCAGCAUUUGAUAAAAGCAAUGCUACAAUGCUAUUCCGAGUGUCCCUUGCCAUAUCGCAAGAGCGGCUUUAUCGUCGCAAAAGGCAACGCCACGGUGUGAUAUUUCAUGCUAAUACAACCCUUCCUAAUGUACAACAAACAAACACAACUCAAAAUACCCCCGUCACUAACGCAAAUAACCAACUCGAAGCAACUUCAAAGGGGAGAACUUCUCGGUUUGAUGUGCUUCCACUUGCGCAGGCAUUGCUUAUAUUGAUGGCAAUGGCAACCUGGGAGAAUUCAGAGGAUAUUUUCGACGAGGCAAUGGGGAUACAGAGCAUUCUGGCCAACUAUGUGAGAGCCGAGAAACUCCUGGACCCGCAAACCCUUUCUGGAGACUCAGGAUGGGCCAUCUGGAUCCAAGAAGAGGGCUUCAGAAGAACUAUCGCAACUAUUUUCUGCUUCUUCAUAUUUCAUACAAUUGUUUACGACGUCCCGCCUCCUAUUCUCAACUCAGAGCUCAAUAUAAACCUGGCUUCGCGCGAGAAGGACUGGGAAGCAAAAACCGAAAACGAGUGGGAACAAGCCCGAAGCAAACAUGAGGCUGAACCACAUUUUCAGUCGGCUUUCACAUCGCUGUUUUCUUCGCAAAGAGAAAUCGUUCGAGAUCACAGUUCUUCAUUAGGUGGUUACACUUUGAUUCUGGCGCUGAUUCAGCACAUCUACUUCUUGCGAACGGUAGCAAAGUGCAGGCCAGAGGGUGAACAAGGGUUUUCUCCGGCAGAUAUGACUGAGGUAGAAACAGCCUUGAAGAAUUGGCAAAGUGGAUGGAAUCAAGAUCCAGAAUCCUUUCUCGGGCCAGGGAGCCCACUUGGCCCUAUCUCUUUCAACGCAACUGCCUUGCUACGCAUGGCCUAUAUUCGACUCAAUGUAGACCUUGGUCCGUGGCGCGCUCUGAACACCCAUAUUCCUCAUGAAAUCGCAAAUUCCAUAUAUCGAAGUCCACCCCUUGUCACAAAUCGCAGACUCACCCGUGCAGUGCUUUACUCGGCUCAUGCACUCAGCAUUCCAGUCAAAAUUGGGGUGAAUAUUGUGGCUCACAAUCAAGCCUUCUCGUGGUCGCUUCAACACUCACUAUGUGCUCUUGAGUGUGCUUUCAUCAUUAGCAAGUGGUUGAUUGCCAUAAAACCCCAUGUCUCUGACGGGACCAUUGACGAAGAGGAAGCCAGACUGUAUGCCUACAUCGUGGAUAUGGUCACGGAAGCAGAGGCCGGAGGUGAGAUCGUAUCAUCUUCCACUACUGAUCUUUGCACGCGGGUAGUCAGGACUUGGGCAAGAAUUCUGAGUGGAACAGCUCAUUGGAACGUGGUACCUAUGAUCGGGAAGAUUUUGGAGGUUUAUGCCGACAUUUUAGAAUCGCUUUCGGCAUACAAUCAAUAA